AUGGCGAUUGCAGGUGCUGAGGAACAGGCACAGACGGGCACGGAUACGGGUAUCCCCUUUGGACCACGACGGACUGAACUACACAGCCAGCCAGCCCAGCCAGCCAGCCAGCCAGCCAUGGCCACCGCGAUACCCUCCAUAGCCUGCCUGGGCGUCAUAGGGCGGAAUAACAACCCCCUCCACAUCUCAAUCUUCCCCUCCCACGACCCGGCCACAAACACCCUCAAGCCGAUCCGCACGCCCCUCCAGUUCUCGCUGCUCCUCUCCUCGACGCUGGACAUCUUUGACCUGCGCGCCAAGCACUCUGCCGUCGGAGGCGGCACCGGCGGCGGUGGUGGUGGUGGGGUUGGUGGCGGCGGCGGGUCGCUGUCGGGCGACUACGGCCUCCUGCACGCCGUGGACGAGCGGCUCGCGGCGUACGGCUACGAGACCAACACGGGGGUCAAGUUCGUGGUGGUGGUGGACACGCGGGGGCGGCGGAUCGACGGCGCCGCGCUGUCGGGGCUGCCGUCCAUGGCCACGUCCACCACAUCCACGCCAGCCGCCAACCCCCACAACAACCCCGCUGAGGAUGCUUCUGGGGACGCGGUGGCGAGGCGCGCCGUCGCGGUCGUGGGGCUGCGCGAGGGCGACAUGAAGCCCGUGUUCCGCGCCAUGCAGACGGCGUACGUGCGCCUGCUGCAGAACCCGUUCUACGAGCCCGACGAGCACGCGCCGCUCACGGGCCACGGCGGGCGGAGGAUCGUCUCGAGGAGGUUCGGGGCUGACAUGCGCCGGAUCGGGGAGGGGUGGACCGUUGGGGUUACGAGCUUGUGA